AGGGAUCCAGCUUUCCAGCUGUCGCCUCUGGGAGCCAGCGGAGCACAGCACGCAGCAUGUGGAACGCGACUCCCAGCGAGGAGCCCGAGCGCAACCUCACGCUGGCCGAGCUGGGCUGGGACGUCCCCGCCAGCAACGACUCCCUGGCCGACGAACUGCUGCCGCUGUUCCCAGCUCCGCUGCUGGCGGGCGUCACAGCCACCUGCGUGGCCCUCUUCGUGGUGGGCGUCGCGGGCAACCUGCUCACCAUGCUGGUGGUGUCGCGCUUUCGUGAGCUGCGCACGACCACCAACCUCUACCUCUCGAGCAUGGCCUUCUCCGACCUUCUCAUCUUCCUCUGCAUGCCCCUCGACCUCGUCCGCCUCUGGCAAUAUCGUCCCUGGAACUUUGGCGACCUGCUCUGCAAACUCUUCCAGUUCGUCAGCGAAAGCUGCACCUACGCCACGGUGCUCACCAUCACGGCGCUGAGCGUCGAGCGCUACUUCGCCAUCUGCUUCCCGCUGCGGGCCAAGGUGGUGGUCACCAAGGGUCGGGUGAAGCUGGUCAUCCUGGUCAUCUGGGCCGUGGCCUUCUGCAGCGCCGGGCCCAUCUUCGUGCUUGUUGGGGUGGAGCACGAGAAUGGCACCGACCCUCGGGACACCAACGAGUGCCGCCCCACGGAGUUCGCGGUGCGCUCCGGGCUGCUCACGGUCAUGGUGUGGGUGUCCAGCAUCUUCUUCUUCCUGCCAGUCUUCUGCCUCACUGUGCUCUACAGCCUGAUCGGCAGGAAGCUGUGGCGGCGGAGGCGCGGCGACGCAGCUGCCAGCACGUCUCUCCGGGACCAGAACCACAAGCAGACCGUGAAGAUGCUGGCUGUAGUGGUGUUUGCUUUCAUCCUCUGCUGGCUACCCUUCCAUGUAGGAAGAUACUUAUUUUCCAAAUCUUUUGAGCCCGGCUCCCUGGAAAUUGCUCAGAUCAGCCAGUACUGCAACCUCGUGUCAUUCGUCUUGUUCUACCUCAGUGCAGCCAUCAACCCCAUUCUGUACAACAUCAUGUCCAAGAAGUACCGGGUGGCAGUGUUCAAACUUCUGGGGAUUGAAUCCUCCUCCCAGAGGAAGCUCUCCACUCUGAAAGAUGAAAGUUCUCGGGCCUGGACAAAGUCUAGCAUCAAUACAUGACCAAGCAUACUGCUGAGCAGUCA